CCAGUUAGUGGGCCUGGACUGGAAACCUUCUCCAUCCACGACUGCAAAAACCAGCAGCAGCUCUCACAUCACACACACAAUUGUCUAAACCAGCUCCCAUUGAAGAUGGCUGUGAAAAACCGACUCAAGAACAGCGAGAAGAGCGAGAAGAGCGCCGCAUCCAGCCAAGAUGAUGCGUCGAAGAAAAGCCAAAAGAGCAGCAGUAACGGGGUGAGUGGCCCCGGACCUCAGGGGUCACAAUCGGGAAGCUGCCUCGGGCUUGUUGCAACAAUAGUGUUUUAUAUCGCGUUAUUAGGCGCUGCAGGGUUUGCUGCUUUUUAUUUACAGCAAGUUGUGGAGGAAAUCCGGCAGACAAGCACCAGACAUGAGGAGAGCGCACGGCAGAACGCAGAGCUGAGCGGAAAAAUGGACAGUGUCGUUCAACAGGUGGAGUCUCUGAGCAGUGUCGUGGACGGGCUGGAGUCAUCACUGGGCAUCACCCGGGUGGAGCUGGAGGGGGCCAUCGGCCGGAUGAAGAGGGGCGAGGUGGAGACGAGGAAGGUGGAGGACACCCUUCAGAGGCUCCAGAACGAUCUGCUCAGGGAACUUUCAGAGGGCAUCAACGAGGUGAAGGAGGCCCGAGAGAGGGACUUCUCUUCUCUGGAGAAGACUGUGGAGGAGCGUCUGGCUGAGGUGAGUCAGUCCAUCACGGCCAGCGUGGCGGAGUUCACUGAAGCUCAGGGCGAGACGCAGAGCCAGCUGUCUGAUCUCAAGACCCGCAUGGGUGACGUUGAAGACCCUGCGCUCAUCAAACAGGAGCUCUCUGCCAUUGUUGAUGCUGUAGCUGAAAUCAGAACAGCCAACCAGGCAGCUGACACCUCAGCCGAUUCAUUCAGGGAGCAGGUAGGAGCUGUGAGGUCAGAGCUCCAGACUCGUAACCAGGAAGUCGCCUCACUGUCUGAGGAAGUUCAAACAGUGAGGUCAGUGGUGCAAGAGGCUGUUGGGAAUCUGAGGCAGUCCCUGUCUGCAGCAGAGGCGGAUGUCGAGGCUCUGAAGGACAAAAGCUUGACACUGGAGAGCGGCUUGGAGCAGGCCACUAAUGCUGCUCAUUACGUGGAGAAGCAGCUGAACGCAGCAGCCGCACAGGUCCAGAAAAGAUCAGACGACCUGGAAGCCAGAGUUAAAACAUCGGAGGAGAGCGGAGAUUCACUCUUAGCAUCAGUAUCAGAUACCGGCUCCAAACUGGAAUCACUGCUCGCCAAAUACGACAUCCAUGAGAGCGCUCUAGCUGCCCAGGGGCAGGCUGUGGAGAAAGUCAGAAGUGGCGUGAAGCAGGAGAUGGAGGCACUGAAAAGCGGUUUGGGGGAGCUCCAGUCCAACAUGGCCGCUAUUGGUGGAGCGCAGACCAAGCUAUCUUCAAAGGACUCCAGCCUGGGCCAGCAGGUGGUGGACUUGGGGAAGAGGCUCACGACUCUGGAGGGCAGCAGCAGCAGCAUGAAGCCAGAGCAGCUGCAGAGCUUAAGAAGCAUGGUAACCGGCUUGGAGGGCAAAGCAGCCAAGCUAGAAGGCCACGAUCAGGCCAUUGCUGCUCUUCAGAAAGCUGUGCAGGAGACCACAAAGACACUGGCGGGCUUAUCCAAAGGCAAGAAGGGAAAGUAGGGAGUUUGAGUUGUGACAUCAGGAUAUCAAAAAAACAUGGACAAUAAUGAUCCCCAAAGGGUGACCAUAACACACUUUUCUUGUUCUCGUGAAGAAUUGUUUCUCAAACUUGGUCACGAUGUUGCACAUUUUAGUAGAAAAGUACCGAAUGUGAGGAGUUUGGUCAGGAGAGAGUUGUACUGCUGAUCUGUGAAUUCAAAUCCACAAUUAUUCUGCACUGUUUUUUAUGUUUUGUUCAAUUUUCUGUGCAAAGGCUGUUUUUUUGUUUUGUUUUUUCAAACCAACCAAAUGUAAUAAUAUGCUCUUUUUGAGCACUUCUUUGUUUACUCACUAUUACAAGAAUAAAAUCUCUUUAAAGCUGUGAA